AUGUCAAUGAAACCAUCGGGAGCCCUGUGUACGUCUACUGCAUAUCCCAACAAGGUGGAUUCUUAUCGGCCAUAUUCCCCGCCGUCACAGGCUCACCCUGAGAUCCGGUUCGCACCGUCGGGAUCUACAACCAUGGAGGGAGGCGUGCGCAAGAAAGACAAGAUUCCGUUCGACGGGCCGUACGGAACCAAGUCAGAAAAGAUGGCGUGCCCGUUGUCGGCCCUCAUCGAAGCGAGGUUCACCGACUUCAGCCAGGAGGGCAAGGACUACCCCAACGUCAGCGUGCUCGAGAAGAAAUUCCGAAUGCCUCCGCCAAGGGAGACCAAGGCGUCCCAAGGCCACAACAUCACCCUCAAGCCCACGCCCAAGCAAGGCACACCGUUCGUGAUGAAAAAGUUCCAGAACAUUCCGGGAAGGGUCAACCCUCCCAACCCCGGCCUUCGGGCUUAAGCAAGUCUCGCCGCCAGAGCCUAGAUGCCC